GGAGGAGGGGAGGGGGGAAAGAGGAGCGCAGAGUGAGAGUGAGCCGGACGCUCCGGGAGGCGAGGGGGGCGGGGGGAGCAGCGUCGCGGCCGCCGCCGCCUCCGCCUCCGCCGCCUGGGAUAAGGGGGUGGGGGACGGAAGAGUCCCGAUGCCGGGGGAGACGGAAGAGCCGAGACCCCCGGAGCAGCAGGACCAGGAAGGGGGAGAGGCGGCGGCGGCCAAGGCGGCUCCGGAGGAGCCCCAACAACAGCCCCCUGAGGCGGCGGCGACGGCGCCUGCGGGGACCACUAGCAGCCGCGUGCUAAGGGGAGGUCGGGACCGGGGCCGGGCCGCUGCGGCCGCGGCCGCCGCCGCCGUGUCCCGUCGGAGGAAGGCCGAGUAUCCCCGCCGGCGGAGGAGCAGCCCCAGCGCCAGGCCUUCCGACGCCCCCGGGCAGCAGUCCCAGGCCGCGAAGCCCCCGUCUCCAGCUCAGGGCAAGAAGAGUCCGCGACUCCUAUGCAUAGAAAAAGUAACAACUGACAAAGAUCCCAAGGAAGAGAAAGAGGAAGAAGACUCUGCCCUCCCUCAGGAAGUUUCCAUUGCUGCAACUAGGCCUAGCCGGGGCUGGCGCAGCAGUAGCAGGACGUCUGUCUCUCGGCAUCGUGACACAGAGAACACCCGAAGUUCUAGGUCCAAGACUGGUUCAUUGCAGCUCAUCUGCAAGUCAGAACCAAAUACAGAUCAGCUUGAUUAUGAUGUUGCAGAAGAGCAUCAGUCUCCAGGUGGUAUUAGUAGUGAUGAGGAGGAGGAGGAAGAAGAAGAGAUGUUAAUCAGUGAAGAGGAAAUACCAUUCAAAGAUGACCCAAGAGAUGAGACCUACAAACCCCACUUAGAAAGGGAAACUCCAAAGCCACGGAGAAAAUCUGGAAAGGUGAAAGAAGAGAAAGAGAAGAAGGAAAUUAAAGUGGAAGUAGAGGUAGAGGUGAAAGAAGAAGAGAAUGAAAUUAGGGAGGAUGAGGAACCUCCUAGGAAGAGAGGAAGAAGGCGAAAAGAUGACAAAAGUCCACGAUUACCCAAAAGGAGAAAAAAGCCUCCAAUCCAGUAUGUCCGUUGUGAGAUGGAAGGAUGUGGAACUGUUCUUGCUCACCCUCGCUAUUUGCAGCACCACAUUAAAUAUCAGCAUUUGCUGAAGAAGAAAUAUGUAUGUCCCCAUCCCUCCUGUGGGCGACUCUUCAGGCUCCAGAAGCAACUUCUACGACAUGCCAAACAUCAUACAGAUCAAAGGGAUUAUAUCUGUGAAUAUUGUGCUCGAGCCUUCAAGAGUUCCCACAACCUGGCUGUGCACCGAAUGAUUCACACGGGCGAGAAGCCAUUACAAUGCGAGAUCUGUGGAUUUACUUGUCGGCAAAAGGCAUCCCUUAAUUGGCACAUGAAGAAGCAUGAUGCAGACUCCUUCUACCAGUUCUCUUGCAAUAUCUGUGGCAAAAAAUUUGAGAAGAAAGACAGCGUAGUGGCACACAAAGCUAAAAGCCACCCUGAGGUGCUGAUUGCCGAAGCUCUGGCUGCCAAUGCAGGCGCCCUCAUCACCAGCACAGAUAUCUUGGGCACUAACCCAGAGUCCCUGACACAACCUGCAGAUGGUCAGGGUCUUCCUCUUCUUCCUGAGCCCUUGGGAAACUCCACCUCUGGAGAGUGCCUCCUGCUAGAAGCUGAAGGGAUGUCAAAGUCAUACUGUAGUGGGACAGAACGGGUGAGCCUGAUGGCUGAUGGGAAGAUCUUUGUGGGAAGUGGCAGCAGUGGGGGCACUGAAGGGCUGGUCAUGAACUCGGAUAUACUCGGUGCUACCACAGAGGUUCUGAUUGAAGAUUCAGACUCUACUGGACCUUAGUGGAAGGGAAGACUUUGGGCACUGGGACAGCUCAGACUUUGUAUUUAAAAGAUAAAAAGGACAAAAAAAAUUUAAAGCAUUUAAAAUCUAGUAAAAUAACUGAAGGGCCUGCUCUUUCCAUUGUGGAUCACAGCACACACACACACAUACACCCACCCCUACUUCUCCCUCUAUUGUCCUCUUUAUAAAAUUGGUCUUGCCUUUACCAGAAAGGUAGAUUAAAAAAAUAAAUAAAUAAGCAGCAGCAGCUCUUAAAGUGAGGGUUAUACUCAGUUCCAGCCAGGCAGACUUCCUGCUCGUUGGCAGAUCCCCUUUUCCAACCUGUAACUCUGAUGUGCUCUGGAUCAGCUUCUAACUCUUAAUAGUAUAUUAUUGUCUCCUAAACCCCUUCUCCUCCUCUACUGCUGCCCCAUGGUUCUGGCUUCUACCCACUGCAGCACACUUAUCCUCAAAGUAUCAUAUAAUUCUAAUCUCUGGAGGCUUGCAGCUUGACUUGGCACUUUAGGGCCCCUUAUCAGGGUGAGCUGUUAAAACAGCACACAUCUCUCACCCCCUUCUCCUCCAUUCCCCAUUGGGUUUAGGAAAGGAAGGAUACGUGGGGACCACCUCCCUCCUCUGACCCCAGCACCUCAGUCCCCCUCCCAACACCUCCAUAUGGUUCUCAAUGGUGCUCACUUGCUUGGAAGCAGGCUCCCAACAGGGAGGGGGCUGCCCUCUACAUGGCCUCUCUGACCGUAGGACAGGGCUCUGGAUCAGUGAGACAGUGAGAAAAGUCCCAGACUAAUCGCAGAAAUUUGCACUUUGAACAUGUGUGUUUUUGUGUUGUGGAACCUGAGAUUCCUUAUUUAUUAAUGGAAAAAAUCUGAUUUUUUUUUUUUUUUUUGUCUUUCUUGCUAUAAUUUUGUGGGGCUGGGAGAGAUUAGAUUAUUCUGAUGUGGGGUCCUUUCCAUAAGAGGUACUUUUGAAGGCAAGAUACAGGGUUGAAGCAGCACAGCCCACCUCUGUAAAAUCAUAGCUCUCCAGUGGCCAUUAAAGAAAGCUGGUCCUCAGCACUAACAAAGUCACUACAGUAGCCUAGUGCUUUUCCACGAGCCUUUUUAGGGAAGGGUGUUAGGUUUGUGGUAAUUAGUGCUCCUUGAGUUUUUAGAGCAUUGGGAUUUAGGAAUUUGGUGGAGGUGAGGAAGGUUCCUUGUUCAGGGUCUGAAUUACAGAUAAAAGACUCUCUCUUGUGAAUUUAUUUUCUCUUUUGUCCCCAUCAUUUCUUUACACAUGCCUCCCUGUUGGCCCAACUCUGGUCCUUUGCUUUGUUUUGCUUUUGCUUUGCUUUAUCAUUGGUUCAUUCCAGCUCCCGAUUAGUGAAGGACACUGCCGUUAGUGAAGGAAUAGACUGAGAGUCAUACAGUUUUAAGUCAAAGAAAAUUGCUCUGUUUUGUUUCCCUUUUAAUAACACUUCAGAAGAGGAAAGGCUUCAGUAGACAAAGUUAAUAAUCUGUAUAAUAAUGGCUUUGGCUUUCACCUGAAAUUCUGGGAAUUACCACUUCCCUUGAGAAUAGGGAUUUUCAUGAGGUGGAUUGCUUAUUACUGUCCACAGGAAAGACUGGUAGUGUUUUGUACAAAUUUGUAACUCCCAGAAGACUAAAAACAUAUUUUGGCUCAUUUUUAAAGAAUUAGAAGGGCAGUCUCUAUCCUUCUGUAUACCUCAGAAGCUGGAAUUAAAGAUUUGCCCUCUUCAUUGUUUGUCAGAAAUGUAUGAUGGUUGUUGGAAAGAAUGAAGUUUUGCUGAGAACAGAAUAAGGAACAGCUUGUUUUUCACAAACACUAAAACUACAAAGUUUAUCAAUUUUCUCUUUAUUUUUUCCCAAAAAGAGGGGUAACAAAAUGUCAUCUCUGAAAGAGGCUUACUUUACACCCACUAGAGUCAGUGGUUGGGAUGCCAGGGAAUAGGGAGUGAAACACCUACAGUGAACAGUUUUAAAUGCACUAUUGUUCUUUUCAGAGUGUUGUAGAUUUACCGUCCUUCCAGUGUGGGGAUAGAAAAUGCAAUAAAGAUAGAAGGGGUGUAGAUAAUGCUUUCCUGCCCACAGUAAGGAUUUGGAGUUGACUUUGGUAUGUUGGGUAGAUUUGAAAAUACUAUAAGAUUGAUUGGAUGAGUCUACAACAAGGGUGUUCCACUCCCAUAUAAGUCCAGUUUGUACUGGCUUGACUAGCUAGCAUCUAUACCCUGCACUUACCUUUUUGUCUUUGUUGUGUUGAUCUUAUCCCAUGUCUCCGUAAAUUACCUUUGCAGUGGUUAGUCAUCAGAUGUUUUAGCCGCUUACACAAAAGCAAACUGCAUUAAAAAAAAAAACCCAACUAUGAGAUAGAGGGAGAAUAUUUUCUUCCUUCUGUCAUACUCCUUCCCCCACCAAAAGCAACUAGGUCUAAUAAUGAGAAAGUUUCUGUUCUUUCUUUUUUUUUCGGUCUUCUUCAUAGCUACCAUUUGCCUACAAUUUACUUCAAUAAAUUAUUGUAGCAGUUUGCAAUAAAUUUUAAAAUACUUUUCUUGGACUUUAUUUUUUGCCUUUUGAGAAGACGAUGCUAGCAUAGUUAAGAGUUGGUGUAAGUAAACUAUCUUAUACUAGGCCCUCUUCCCUUUUCCUUUCUGCUCUUCAUGCUGUUUACUUCUUUGUCCUUCUAAGGAGCUCUUAUAAUCUUAAAACUGCAUUUCCUACUCUUAGUCAAAUUCUAUUACCUUUUUAAUAACUCUUCCCACUGCAUAUUCGCCAUCUUGAAUUGGCAAUUCUAAAUUCUGAAAGUGUCAUUGAGAUGCAAGCAUUAUGUCUGGGAGAUGUGCCUCCCCGGGUUUGUGGUUGCCCAGGGUUCUUUUGAGACUUAACAUGCUUCAGAGUGUUUAGAUAAACACUGGCCAGGAUUACUGGGAGUAAAAAACAUAUAUAUAUAUAUAUAUAUAUGAUGGUAUGGAAAAGCAUCCACAUAGAGCACUUGAACCUCCUUUGUACCUGUUUGGAGAAAAAAUAUAAAGAGUGUACUAAACCUAACUGAGGUUAUUACAGUCUGGUUGUUUGAAGUACCAUUUUUCCCUCCUGUCUUUUCCAACUUUCCAAUGUACUCAAGAAAAGUGAAAAAUUGUAAUGGAUCAAUUUAAAAUAUUUUAUUUCCUGAAAGCCUUUUUUGCCUGUUGUAAUGUGCAGGACCCUUCUCCUUUGGUGGGAGAGACAGGUAGUUACCUGAAUCUAGGUUGAAAAGGUUAUGUAAAAAGAAAUUAUAAUAAAAGGGAUACUCUGCUUUUCAAA